ACAAAACAAAAGCCAGCCUGCCGCGGAAUUGGGGGCGGAAAGGAAAAUUCACAUUUCCCCCGAGUUUUCCCGAGCUUGCGUGCUUUGCGCAGCUGCAAACAAUUUUCCAGCACGCGUAGCCGAAUGGUGGGACAAAUGGCAAGUGCCAGCCGCUGGCAGAGUCGUUUGUUGCCCGUUCGCGUAAUGGCCAUCCUCGAAAAACGCCCGAACUUUUGAAACAAAAAAAAACGAGACAAAGGAAAGCAAUUGAAAUUUCCUGUUCGGUGACGAAUUCACUUAAGUGCAAUAUUAAUUUAACAAAUAACUGUGAUUGUGUGUUCGAGUGUGUGCAGAAAACUCUUUAAAAGCGACGACGAGGAAGUAGUUGUUUUUCAAAUUAACCGGAAACCAGGACACCCACUGAGCAGCAGGCCAAGAUGUCGUCGGUUAAGGUGGCGGUACGAGUGCGCCCCUUCAACUCGCGCGAAAUCGGCAGGGAGUCGAAAUGCAUCAUCGAGAUGGCUGGAGCCACAACGGCCAUCACCAAUCCAAAGGUGCCGCCCAACACAAGCGAUUCAGUAAAGCGCUUCAACUUUGAUUACUCCUACUGGUCACAUGAUCACCACGAUGCGGAUUUCUCCACACAAUCGAUGGUCUACAAGGACAUUGGUGAGGAGAUGCUGCAGCACUCCUUCGAUGGCUACAAUGUCUGCAUCUUUGCCUAUGGCCAGACAGGAGCUGGCAAAUCGUAUACCAUGAUGGGCAGACAGGAGGAGCAACAGGAGGGCAUAAUACCCAUGAUAUGCAAGGAUCUGUUCACUCGCAUUCAGGACACGGAGACCGAUGAUCUCAAAUAUUCGGUUGAGGUUUCCUACAUGGAAAUCUAUUGCGAGCGGGUAAGGGAUCUGCUGAACCCCAAGAACAAGGGCAAUCUUCGUGUGAGGGAACAUCCUUUGCUGGGUCCCUAUGUGGAGGAUCUGUCUAAAUUGGCCGUUACCGAUUACCAGGACAUUCACGAUCUCAUUGAUGAAGGCAACAAGGCUCGAACCGUGGCUGCCACCAACAUGAACGAAACGAGUUCCCGUUCACAUGCGGUAUUCACCAUCUUCUUCACCCAACGUCGUUAUGAUACCAUGACCGAUUUGACCACGGAGAAGGUCUCCAAGAUAAGCUUGGUGGACUUGGCUGGCUCGGAGCGAGCGGAUUCCACCGGAGCUAAGGGAACCCGAUUGAAGGAGGGAGCCAACAUCAACAAGUCACUGACCACUUUGGGCAAAGUUAUCUCAGCUCUAGCGGAGGUGGCUUCCAAGAAAAAGAACACCAAGAAGGCUGACUUUAUACCCUAUCGUGAUUCAGCCUUGACUUGGUUGCUCCGCGAAAACUUGGGCGGUAAUUCCAAGACAGCUAUGAUUGCAGCUAUUUCACCAGCAGAUAUUAACUACGACGAAACCCUCAGCACUUUGCGCUAUGCGGAUCGUGCCAAGCAAAUUGUGUGCAAGGCUGUUGUCAACGAAGAUGCCAAUGCCAAGCUCAUUCGCGAACUUAAGGAAGAAAUUCAGAAGUUGAGGGAUCUACUCAAAGCCGAGGGCAUUGAGGUGCAGGAAGAGGAUGAGCUCACCAAGUCCACGGUUAUCAAGUCGCCUUCCAAGUCACGGAAUCGCAAUGGAUCCACCACUGAGAUGGCAGUGGAUCAGCUGCAGGCCAGCGAGAAACUCAUUGCAGAACUCAAUGAAACCUGGGAGGAAAAACUAAAGCGCACAGAGGAGAUUCGAGUUCAGCGAGAGGCGGUCUUUGCCGAAAUGGGCGUGGCCGUCAAGGAAGAUGGCAUCACUGUGGGCGUAUUCUCGCCCAAGAAGACCCCACAUCUGGUCAAUCUAAACGAGGAUCCCAAUCUUUCCGAGUGCUUGCUGUAUUACAUCAAGGAGGGUCUUACCCGACUGGGAACCCAUGAGGCCAAUGUUCCGCAGGAUAUUCAGCUCUCCGGAUCACACAUCCUGAAGGAGCAUUGCACUUUCGAGAAUCGAAACAGCACAGUGACCCUUCUGCCGCACAAGGAUGCCAUAAUCUAUGUGAAUGGACGCAAGUUAGUUGAGCCGGAGGUUCUGAAGACUGGAUCUCGAGUGAUUCUGGGCAAGAAUCAUGUGUUCCGUUUCACCAAUCCGGAGCAGGCACGCGAGUUGCGUGAGAAGAUCGAGACCGAGAACGAGGCGGAGAACGAGGUGGAGAAGUCGGACACCCAGCAGGUGGACUGGAACUUUGCCCAGUGCGAGUUGCUCGAGAAGCAGGGCAUCGAUCUGAAGGCCGAGAUGAAGAAGCGGCUGGACAACCUGGAGGAGCAGUACAAGCGGGAGAAGCUCCAGGCCGAUCAGCAGUUCGAGGAGCAGCGCAAGACCUACGAGGCUCGCAUCGAUGCCUUGCAGAAGCAGGUGGAGGAGCAAUCGAUGACCAUGUCGAUGUACAGCAGCUACUCGCCGGAGGAUUUCCACCAGGAGGAGGAUGUCUACACCAAUCCCAUGUAUGAGUCCUGCUGGACAGCUCGCGAGGCGGGCUUGGCUGCCUGGGCAUUCCGCAAGUGGCGUUACCACCAAUUCACCUCCUUGCGAGACGAUCUCUGGGGCAAUGCCAUAUUCCUCAAGGAAGCGAAUGCCAUUUCCGUUGAGCUAAAGAAAAAGGUGCAAUUCCAAUUUACUCUAUUGACCGACACCCUUUACUCCCCCUUGCCACCUGAGUUGGCCUCCAGUGUGGCUCCUUUGCAUCAGGAGGACGAGUUUGGGGCACCACCAGUCUCCAAAACUUUGGUGGCCGUCGAGGUGACCGACACCAAGAACGGAGCCACUCAUCACUGGUCGCUGGAGAAACUACGCUAUCGCCUCGAACUGAUGCGACAGAUAUACAAUGUCGAGAGCCCACCAUCGUCCAUGCUAUUCGAUACGUCCGGCAUGGAGGCGCUGAGCGGAUGGAUCGCACCACCACCCAGCCACCAAGAUCCGCAUCCAGAUCCAAAUCCAGAUCCACAUCCAGAUCCAGUGGAGCCACCAGUCGAAAGCGAACGGGGCCGCCUCACAUUGGCCAAUCUGAUACCUUCUAGGCAACGUUUGGAGCUGAUGCGCGAAAUGUACCACAAUGAGGCCGAGAUGAGUCCCACUUCGCCGGACUACAAUGUGGAGAGCCUGACGGGCGGGGAUCCCUUCUACGAUCGCUUCCCCUGGUUCCGGAUGGUUGGUCGCUCCUUCAUCUACCUGAGCAACCUGCUCUAUCCGGUGCCACUGGUGCACAAAGUGGCCAUUGUCAACGAGCGCGGCGAUGUGCGUGGCUAUCUGAGGAUUGCUGUUCAGCCCGUUCUUGAUGAGGAGUCCAUUGAUUUCAACAAUGGUGUCAAGCAGUCGGCUCGUUUGGUCUUCAACGAGGAUGAUGCCAAGCCCAAGUAUCGGGCUCUCAAUGAGAAGGAUGAUGUGCAGCGUUAUAUCGACAAUGGUGGUCUAGACAGCAAGUUGGAAGAACUUGAGGAUGUGGAUUCUGGGCGUGGCAUUGACUCCAAUUCCGCUUCCGAGUGCCAUGAGAAUGCCGAGGAACCUGGCGAGCAUCUGCAGGUGGGCAAGGAGUUUACCUUCCGGGUCACCGUACUCCAGGCCACUGGCAUUGGCGCCGAAUACGCUGAUAUCUUCUGCCAGUUCAACUUCUUGCAUCGACAUGAGGAGGCCUUCUCCACCGAACCGGUCAAGAACUCAGCUUCAGGCGCUCCUCUGGGCUUCUACCAUGUGCAGAAUAUAACUGUACCGGUGACCAAAUCCUUUAUCGAGUACUUGAAGACCCAGCCGAUUAUGUUCAAGAUCUUCGGUCACUACCAGACGCACCCAUUGCACAAGGAUGCCAAGCAGGAGUUUGUUUCCCGGCCACCACCACGUCGCAUGUUGCCACCGAGCAUACCCAUCAGCCAGCCGGUGCGCAGUCCCAAGUUUGGACCUCUGCCCUGUGCGCCCACGUCCACCGUUUUGGCCAAGCACGAUGUGCUGGUUUGGUUCGAGAUCUGUGAAUUGGCUCCCAAUGGAGAGUAUGUGCCAUCGGUGGUCGAGCACAGCGAUGAUCUUCCCUGCCGCGGGCUUUUCCUCUUGCAUCAGGGCAUCCAGCGGCGCAUUCGCAUCACCAUCGUUCAUGAGCCCACGGCGGAGGUAAAGUGGAAGGACAUCAACGAGCUGGUGGUGGGUCGUAUUCGCAACACCCCGGAGUCAUCCGAUGAGCAGGACGAAGAUGCCUGCGUGCUGUCGCUGGGUCUGUUCCCCGGCGAAGUGCUAGAGGUGCCCGGAGACGAUCGGUCCUUCUACCGCUUUGAGGCCGCCUGGGACUCGAGUCUGCACAACUCGGCACUGCUCAACCGCGUCUCCCAGGGCGGUGAGACCAUCUACAUCACCCUCAGCGCUUAUUUGGAGCUGGAGAACUGCGCUCGCCCGGCCAUCAUCACCAAGGAUUUAAGCAUGGUGAUCUAUGGACGUGACGCUCGCACCGGACCGCGCUCCCUGAAGCACCUGUUCUCCGGGCAGUACCGCAAUCCGGAGGCCAAUCGUUUGACCGGCGUCUACGAGCUGGCACUGCGCAGAGCAUCCGAAGCAGGUAGUCCAGGUGUUCAGAGGCGUCAGCGUAGAGUGCUGGACACCAGCUCCACUUAUGUGCGCGGUGAGGAGAACUUGCAUGGCUGGCGGCCAAGGGGCGACUCCCUGAUCUUCGACCACCAGUGGGAGCUGGAGAAACUCACGCGACUGGAGGAGGUGGGUCGCAUGCGGCAUCUUCUGCUGCUGCGCGAACGUCUGGGCAUGGACACCAACCCGAAUCCGACCACCAAAACCGAGAAGGAUGUGUGCAAUCUGGCCGCCCGGGCAGCCACCUCACCCGUGCACAUGGUCAUUCCACAGUCGCCGCAGACGCCGGUCAAGGAUCCGCAGCAAAUCAUUCCAGAGCGGGAGUACAACCAACGGGAGCAGGACCUCAUGCUCAAGUGCCUGAAGCUAGUGCAGGGACGCUAUACCAAGAGCGAGGCCAACGACACACAGACCCAAUCGGAUGUCUCGCCCAGCGAUGAGGGAUGUGCCGACAUGACCGUCAGCUGCAUCUCCAGCAAUUCCAUGGAAAACAACAAAUUUGUAAAUCGACGCAGAUUAUGUUCGCCGGAUCGUGCUGAUGCACCCAACGGAUGGGAGGCACCUGCUCCGGCCACUCAGCCGGCUCUGCCCCUGCGCCUCUAUGUGCCGGAGCUGGAGGAGAUUCGCGUGAGUCCAGUGGUGGCCCGCAAGGGCUUAUUGAACGUCCUGGAGCAUGGCGGUUCCGGCUGGAAGAAGCGCUGGGUGAUUGUACGUCGUCCCUAUGUGUUUAUCUACCGAUCGGAGAAGGACCCCGUUGAACGGGCCGUCCUCAAUCUGGCCACUGCUCAGGUGGAGUGCAGCGAAGAUCAGGCGGCCAUGGUCAAGAUACCCAACACAUUUAGUGUGGUGACCAAGCAUCGUGGCUAUCUGCUGCAGACCCUUGGUGACAAGGAGGUGCACGACUGGCUGUACGCUAUCAAUCCAUUGCUGGCUGGGCAGAUCAAAUCCCGCCUGGCGCGACGAACUUUGGAGCCGGCCAGCCAGACGGCUUCGCAGAUUCAGGCCACCAGUGCGGCGAGUGCCAACAGUGCGAGCAAAUGAGAUACGAUCACGAUGGAGUCCGUUUUGGUUUACUGAGACGCAGGCUAUGGCUGGCUGCAGCGCCUGAAUAUCGCCCGACGACUGGUCAGGCGGAGAUCACAGCCGACGACAGGGGCAGCAGCUGGCAACUGAGUGACAUGGCCUGGAGGAUUCCAUCGGAAGUAGUAGGAAAUCGAGGAUUGUUGCUAGGGCAAGGCUGAGAUGGCAAAUCGAAAUCGAAUGAGAAAACCACUGAUUAUGUGGCAGAGAGAAACCAAAUGCAAAGCGUACGUAAUUAUUAAGUAGUUCAACAACCAGUUUAUGGAUUAAAUUAUGUAUUUCGUGAUUAGUUGGCCACGGCCCAAAAGAAUAGGCACUAGAGAGCAGCUCCAGUCAGAUACGAUAGCCUACUUUUGUAGAACCCCUUUUCGGUUAAGUUUUUGGACAAUUUUGUAAAUAGCUUUCGUUUGAUUCGAUUGUAUAAAUAUUUGGUAUUAGUUAAUGGAUCGUUUAGUUUGAGUUCCCACGUGAUAUUAUGUUGAUCAGUUAGAGUAUGAAUUAUUUUCUCAAGUAUGCGACAAUUAUGUAAAGCUUAUAAUGCAAACAAACACACACACACGUAUAUGCAUUUUAAAGGAGCAAACUAAAGCAAAAUACAGAAAUAUAUAUAAAGGAGGAACUAUAUAUAAACAAAUUAAUGUAUAAAACCCCAUAUAUUUGCUGUUUAUACACAAAUUUUCAUGUACUUGUAUCUUGUAUUGUUUAACUUAAAAGUAAAAGAAGAGCAGGCAACCGCCAGAGAUAAAUAUGAUACCAAAAAUAUGUGUGUGUUAAAGAAAGACCGUACAGUAUAUAGGAUAUAGGAGUCGUGAGGUAUAAGCUCAGCAAAAUUUGCGAAAUCUCUAUGAAGGUAAAGAUUAUUGUUAGAUCUAACAAACAGAACUAUAUAUGCGAAUGUAACUAUUUUACACACCAGAAAAUCGGCGCUGCUAUAAAACAGCUGCCCCACAUUGUCAACUGUUGACGGCUUUUAAGGCUUCUCCCCCACAGACACCUCCCAAAAAAAGGACAGUUUCGCUUCUAUAAUGCUCCCACUCGGAACCACCUGCUAAAGCUUCAAGCAACAAGUUACGAAACAACCUAUUGUAGUUUUGAUAAGAGUCUUAACUUAGUACGCAAUGGCCACCUGUACAUUUCCCAAAACGAAAACGAAAACAAAAACGAAACCGAAAUUUUGCUUUGCUUGCCAAAAGAUAUUUAAAAUUUAACUUACGUUUUGCCUUCGGUUGACGCACGAGCUUAGGUCAGGUUAAAGGAUCAAUUGGAGCUUCACUUGUGCCCGGAUCACAAGUUCCGAAGCUCAUAAAAGUUGUUGAUGGAGUCACUUUCGUCGGUGUCCGCAAAUGAACACUGAUCGUUAAGAGAUCGUUGCUGGAUGAAGAUAAUUCGCAUUCUGAGUCGGCGUUUUGGGUUUGAGUUUAUUGUAGCAAAAUGUAAACAUUUGUUAAACUAUUGAAUUAAUUUCGAAUUGUAACAUAUUAGAGAAUUGUAAUUAACAAUAAUCAUUAUACGAGCAUACGAUUAUAUGAUACCUAUGUAAUAACCUAUUUUGGCCCAGUUUGAAUUUACCAACAAUGAAUGGCACACAAACAAAAAUAUAGAGCUAUGUAUUAGCCAUGCGAGGUAAACGAGCAAACAACUCAACUUAUAUAUGCGUAUAUGGUACAAUACAUUUCAAAAUCUAUCUAAAUAUGUACAUCGGCUAUAUAUCAAUGUAUGUACGAGAUGAUUGCCUGGCAAGCGUUUUAAAUUACAGAUUAAAGACCAGAGAGCAGAACCAAUACGGAUCAAGUUAAUGGAAAUGAAAUGGAAUGAAAACCUAUGCUAUGUGUGUGUAUAAUCCAAAACAAAUUGAUAUAUGCCAGGGCGUAUCACUAUUAAAGAAAUAUAAAAUAAAACGGCUUUAAAUAAAAUCUGUAAAUUAUCAAA